AUGGCAGUCUCCGGCAGCAGUCCGUUUUACCUGGACUACUUUGACUACUUUCAAAACUCGAGCAACAUCCUCUCCGCGCCCUAUGGCGACGUGAGCAAGAGCUUCGCGACGCCCGUCGCCUCCAAGUCGGCCGCCGUCCAGGGCUUCGACUGGACCAAGCCGUACCCCGGCAGCACCAAGGACGUGCACCGCAUCUACCUCUCCGUGGGCGAGGAGAUGCCGUUGUCGGAGCAGAUCGUGCAGGACGCGACCACCGUCCUCACGUCGCUCACCUUUGGGGCGCCCGCCGCGCUCAUGGACAACGGGCAGCCCAGGGCCAUGGACCCGUCGUGGUACGUCUGCCGGCACAUCUUCGUGUCGACCAAGCCCGAGGUGAAGAAGGCCGUGGACGGCGGCGACGACCAGUGCGCGUUCCUGCCCAGCGCGUGCGUCAAGGACCUCCAGGACAGCCUGACGAGCAGCUGGGGUACGCUGGACGAGAACAGCAUGUGCUCGGCGGGCAUCUUUGACAACAUCCCUGAGCGCUGCUUCGACUCGUUUGGCCAGGCGCGACAAGACGUUAUUGCUUUUGAUAGUCGUACGCUGGCGGAUCACGACGAGGGCUUGCUCCAGACGAGUCAGAACCAGCAGCUGUACAGCUGGCGCAUAGGCACCGGGUACCACGACCCGAGCAGCACCGUCGCCUACCAGGCGGCGGCCAACAGGACCUACAUGGUCGCCACGGUCUGGGGCUACAGCAAGGACGCCAGUAACAAGAAGACUCCCAGCGUAUCCCUGGGCUGCGUCUCCGGCGGCGACGCCUAUGUGCCUCCUCCGCCUGUCAGCUCGACCACGACAACCAGCACCUCCAAGCCGACCAGCACCUCCUCCACAUCGACCACGUCCAGCCAGUCACCCACCAGCACCGCCUUCUUCUCCGACGACUUCUCCUCCCAGAACCUGGACCGCUGGGCCGUCGUGGACGGCAAGUUCAGCGCGGACCAGGGCCAGAUGAUCUCCUUCAACCCGGGCGGCAAGGCGCUCGUCAAGGGCGACAAGGCAACGCUCGGCGACCUCGCCUUCGAGGCCAACGUCAAGGUGACGAGCACCUCCGGCGGCAACGGCGGCCUCAUCUUCCGCGUGGCCGUCGGGUCCGCGGCGGCCGGCGCGGACAGCUACAAGGGCUACUACGCGGGCGUCGCCGGCGGCUCGGUGGUGUUCGGCCUCGCGGACGGCAACGGCUGGAAGCAGCUGUCGCAGGUCAACGCCGCGGAUGUCAAGGCGGGCAUGGUGCAGCGCGUGCGCGUGGAGGCCAAGGGCGAUUCCAUCUCCGUUUACGUCGGGGACAUGAGCAAGCCGAGGAUAUCGGUGCAUGAUGGCACGUACAAGAGUGGCGGUUUUGGUGUUCGUGCAAUCGGGACUUUGAUGUUUGUGGAUAACGUCACGGUUGCGAUGCUGUAA